AUGGCAGCGCCCGCGAGCCACAGCGGCGGCGGCGGCGGCGAGCGGAGCCCAACCAGCAGCCCCCGGAGCUCGACAGUGGCCGGGGACGCCGCGGCGGGAGCCCGAGACGGCCGGGACGUGGGAGCCAGGAGCGCAUCGGUGACGGUCCUCGGCCUCCCUCCGCUUGAGGACUACGAGUGCAAAAUCUGCUACAACUACUUCGACGCAGACCGGCGCGCGCCCAAGCUGCUGGCGUGCCUGCACACCUUCUGCCAGGAGUGCCUGAACCGGCUGCAGCUCCGCGCCGCCGCCGCCGCCGCCACCGCCGCGCCCGAGCGCCCGCUGCGCCCGCCGCCCUGGCACGGGCCGCCCAGCGCCAUCGCUUGCCCCAUGUGCCGCCACCGCACGCCGCUGCCCGACAGCCGCGUGUACGGCCUUCCCAACAACACCAAGCUCGCCGAGGCCUUCCCGCUGGCACUACGCGCCGCGCACGACCCGCUGCCCCAGGACCGCCUCCCGCCGCUGCCCGCGCGCCGCCCAGCGCCCGCCGCGGCCCCGUCGCCCACCCCGGUCCUGCCGCUGCCGCCGGCGUCCGCCGAGGACGCGGCCCGAGGACCAAGCGCCAGCGCCGGCCUGCGCGCCCCGGGCGCCUACGAGAGCUGCCAGAACUGCAAGCGCGCCGCGCUCACCGCCGGCUGCGUGUGCGUCGUCUUCUCCUUCCUCUCCAUGGUGGUGCUGCUCUUCACCGGCCUCAUCUUCGUCAACCACUACGGCGGCGGCGGCGGCGGGCCCCCCCCGGGGGGCGGGACGUCCCCUGAUGCGGCCCCGGCAGCCGGUUUGCCCUUGCCUUCGCCCGUGGGGCCCAUCUGCCUGUCGGUGGCCAGCAUCCUGGCGCUCUUCUCGGUCGUCGUCACUUGGGUUAUCUGCUGGCUCAAGUACCGGCCCGAGGGCGCGGCCACGGGCUCGGCUGCGGGCGGCGGCGGCGGCCCGAGGGCGCGGGCGGUGGCGGAGGCGGGCGGCGCGCGGAGGAGCGACACGUAG